AGGUAUAGAUUUGAAAUGUACCAACAAAUUGAAACACUCUGUAAGUUUGGUCGGAGUGAGUAGCGUAGUGGGGUAGCGUGCCGCGAGAGGGUGCCGCGCGAGGCAGGUCAGGGCUGGGGCUCAGUACGUUUGCGUACGCCGUGUCGUUCGCAUCGUGUUACGUUCCUCCGCGAUUCUUCGCUCGCUAACUACUCCAUUUCUCUAUGUAUCGAGCCCUUCUCUGUGAAAUCAACUGAACCACACUAAAAACCAGCGACGUAUGAUAAUCAAGUGUGUGCAUUAUUCGUGAUGGUGCAACGAUUCGCUUACAUAAUUGUUGGCGUGCAUUAAGCCAGAGAGUUGCAUAUACGCGCGUGACACGAGUGAGAGUGCGUGCACUGCUCCUUUUCGCUGAUCUUCUCCCACUAUACACGUCAGUUUCUUUCUUCACAUCUUCUUCCCGCUUCGGUCUGGCAUCAUAUACAUAUAUGUAUAUAUGCAGAUUUAUUUUCUAUUUAUUUUCAAUUGCUUAAAGAAAAUGAGAGCAUUCAAAAGCGCAGACAGAGCAACGAUCAUGGCAUUGCACGGGGAAAACGUAGUAAUGAUUUUGUUUAUAUUUUUUGUAUUUGCUGACCCCAUCAACGAUUAUGCUGGGACGUAUCAGGUGGAGUACGCAGCAGUCAGAGCCGCAGAACUCACAGCCAGCAACAACAGAUCAACAAGAACUACAGAAUCAAACGGAGAGUCAGAAAAUAGAACAAGAAUUUACCAAAAUGACAGAUCAACGAGAACAACAACCCCAGCCACAACAGCAGCAACAGCAACAACAACAACAAACCAAAGGCAAUGAAGAACCAAGAACGAAUUUGAUCAUCAAUUAUCUUCCACAGAGUAUGACAGAAAAAGAUCUUUAUAGCUUGUUUGUAACUAUCGGACCCGUGGAAUCUUGUCGUGUUAUGAAAGAUUAUAAAACAGGAUAUAGUUAUGGUUUUGGCUUUGUUAAUUAUGCGAAAGCAGAAGAUGCAGCCACUGCUAUAAGUACUUUAAAUGGACUUCAAGUCCAGAAUAAAAGGCUAAAAGUGUCUUUUGCACGGCCAUCUGGUGAGGAGAUUAAAGAAACUAAUCUUUAUGUAACAAAUUUGCCAAGAAAUAUAACUGAAAGUCAAAUUGAUGAUAUAUUUAGCAAAUACGGAAAUAUCGUGCAAAAGAACAUUUUAAAAGAUAAGCUCACUGGAUUACCAAGAGGUGUAGCAUUUGUGAGAUUCGACAAGCGGGAAGAAGCACAAGAAGCGAUCGCACGACUACAUGGUACGAUACCAGAAGGUGGAUCAGAGCCACUUAGCGUAAAAAUCGCGGAGGAACACGGAAAGCAGAAAGCGGCAUACUACGCUGGAUGGCAGGCUGGUUACAACCAGAGUCGAGGUGCUGGAGGCGGCCUGGGAGGUGGAGGAAGGGGCAGGGGAAUUGGUGGACCACCAGGAAUGGGCAUGGGUAUUAGUGGAGGUGGGCCAGGAAUGUUAGGAAGAGCGGGAGGUGGUUUUGGUCCGCGUGGCGGGCCACACAGCAGUUUCCUCGGCGGAAGUGGCGGCCCUGGCGCUAUGAGGAUGGAGAAGAUACAUCCACAUCGCUUCAAUCCUAUCGGUAUGGGUGGCGGCUACGUGCAGUCCCACUUCUGGUGACCUAGCGUCGUCGACAACCUGGCUCGCAAGACAGCACCGGCAAUGUACCUUUCUUCGUCCGACCGGAGACCAAGCAGCGACGACCGUUGUCGUUCGUAACUCUGCCGAAUAAGCAUACGUUACCCUCGAGCGAUCGUGAAAUCAAGGAGACACCAUGAAGACGCGACCAGGAUCGAUAAAAGGCUGCUCCGAUUAAACAGUAUAGAGACAAAAAGACACACAGGGUACAAGUUGAGCAGCCUAGCGUCCUUGUACUACGACUUCCCUCGUAUGUCUCCAACGACGUUCAGCUCGAGAUGCUUGAGGACUGACUGAUCAAGGAUGUGUAAAUUAUUACGCAUAGUAUUUAAUGUUUCUACGUGCCUGUACCAAAGCUCAGAACACCUAGUAUUUUACAUCCGGCGAUGGGUGUUCAGUCGUUAGACUUUGUUAAAAGAACGUCUCUCGAGGUCUUGCAUAUCGCCGAAGAUGUUGUCUUGAACGCUUCGAAACUGUGUCCAUUCGAAGCCCUCCAAAUAACGUAAAUAAGUAACGUAACAUAAUCAUGAGUGUUUAACGAGGUUAAAGAUCGUAAUUGUUGCAUUGUGUCGCCAUCAGUUUCUGCUAAUUAUUUUGUUUCGAGGUAUUCAAGAGUCGCUAGAAGCAAUAGCGCGAACAUUUCGGAACGAUAUAUAUAUCAGAAAGAACGUUUGACGACGAUAGGAGGAGAGUAUGAUGCUGGACCCAUCGCUAUUUCUACGUCGCUUUUUAUCGUUAAAAUCUUAUCCCUCUUUUCCGUAUCUAGCUUUAAUAUCUUCGUUCCAUUGUGCGUUUAAAUUAAUGGCGUUCAUUACCGCCGACAAAAUAAUGAUCCUCGAAUGUUUUAUUGCGUUAAGGUACAAAGGGAAAGUUAAAAAAAAUGAAAGAAAGAACAAACAGGAAAAAGAACGCUUGGUUAUCGAGUUUAUGCCCAUGUUAGGUCGAGCUUGGUUGAGACUCGGUAACAAAGUUACGCUAUGCUAAAUUAGCUCUGUUAUCGCGCCUCUGAGAUCGUUGAUGGACGAGAAUUCUCGCGAGGUUCUAUCUUUCUUGCAAUCGAAACGCGAACGCGAUGUGAACAACCCUUUUAUCCUGAUUAACAUUUAAGGAGAUUGUUGUGAGGUAUACUGCAGGCUAAAAUCCAAGAUGUUUUCAAUAACGGACAGCAAACUGAACUGGUACUCGAUAAUUUGAAACUGUUCAUAUCAACUGUUUCAAUUGCAGAUAGUCUUGAAAUGAUUGUUUCAAUUAAGUUCUACCUAAUCUUACAUCUUUUACCCGAUCCCUGUAAACAUAUACUUUGAUGAAUAGACUGCGAAUAUUCAUGUAUUUAUGGAAAAUUUAUGAAUGCAAAGAUACACAUAAUAGGCGAAAGUAUAUAAAAUGUCAAGAGUAGUACUCAAAUGAUAUUUAAGUAAAACAAAUUUCUGUGUAGAAUCCAUUUCAUAAAAAUUUGCAUAAAUAUUCGUAGUCUAUUAAUGAAUUCUUAUCCUGCUUAACACUUAAUCAAUCGCGCGCGCCACAGCGAGUUAUACGUUUCUCAUCGUAAUGGACAAACCAACCUAUACGCUGUCUACCGCGCAUUUUUCUCUAUUUGAAAAACAAAGAAGUUUAAAAAUUAUUUGAGUGGUCAAUUAUAUUUUUAAAUAAUAAUUUUGUUUAACGAUUUCACAUAUCGUUUAUACAAAACAUCAAAUUAAAGGUAUAUAUUGAAAAUAUAAAAAAAUAUAGGUAAAAUUAAAAACAUUAAAGAUUACUAAAGAUAAAUAACGCGACUUGAACGUGAAAUUAAAAAUUCAUAAUAUAUAUUAAUAUUUUUUUAUAAUAAUAAUUUAUCUAGUCAUAAUUAAUAGUGUAACUUUUUAAUUAAUUUUAAAACCACUAAAUUGGUGUAUUUUAUUACAUAUUGUACUUUAUAAAGACAGAAAAUAUAGCGUAAUUAAUUGAGAACAACAAACUGGGAGAUCUUCCUGUUCAGUUAUACAGCGAUGUACUUUAAAGUGGGGAGAUCUCCCUAUUCGGUUGGCUAAGUGUUAAGCUAACAAACAUAGAUGAUCAAGUACCUGUUGAUUAUUUUGCUGUAAUCCUAAUCAAGUACCUGCCAUUAAACUGAAUCUUUGCAAGUUUGUUAACAAGUCAGAUAAUUCUUGUAUUUUUGGCCAGCAGAGUGCCUCUUAUUGUAGUUCAAAUCGAAUAAGGAUAUACGAUACUCGUGAAACAGUGUUUCUCUUAGCUUUGAUCAGCUUCACGAUCGCUCGAGUGCUAUGAAAGCUAGCAAGAGGCUGGCUAAACCAGAAGCCUCCUUUUUCCUUGAUAGUUGAACGUUUUAAUACUUUUAAAUGGGGAGGAAACGGGAGGCACGUUGAGGGCAGAAGCUAAGAGUUCUACGUGUUGUUGUACAUUUCCUUUUUAAUGGUUCUAACUCUUGAAACUUUAUUGAAAGUUUAACGUUAAGAAAAAGAGUUUUUAUCGGAGUCAGCGUAUAAGGAAACUGUGUUUCCUGUGCUCCGAAUGGCAUUGGACCACGGUGGUUGCGAAAUAACUUUGUUGAACGAAGCUUUUAGUUUCAUUUUCCUCCUAGAACUCCGGCAAAAUAUUGAAAAACAGCUUAGCUUAUUUUUGUAUGAUCCGUAGAUCGUCAUUCGUAUACUUAAAAAGUUCCAAAAAAAAAAAAAAAAAAAAAAAAAAAAAGAAACUAAGAAAGAAAAUGCAAAGCACCACCGUUGUCCAUAGUAUCGCCUCAAAUUGUACAUAACUUGUAAUUGAAAAUACGUCAUUAUCACGGCACGUCGUAGACAAAAAUGAGACUGACUUUUUAUAGGUGACAAAUUUUACGCGAACAAUUUUAAAAAUUGAAAUUGCCUUAUUAUUAUCAUCGCAAAACAAUCGCUAAAUCUUUUUGUUUUCCUUCUACGUUCUUGUUUCUCAUUUCUUCUUCUUCCUCUUUGUUUUAUUCUUUUUUUUUUUUCUUUUAAAUUAAUCGCAUCGAAGAAAUGGAGCUAAUCCAUUUAUAGUUGCAACUGCAUUCACCGCGGGCAUAACAGACAUUGCACUUUAUAUUAUUCUAUGACGAACAUGUAAUCUCUUUUUAAAAAAAAGAAAAAAAUUGCUAUCACGUUACAUAGCAAAUUGCUUUAUUUUACUGAUGGAAUCAUUAGAAUUUCCGUAACACGAUGAUCGCUAAUGUCAUUUUGUUAACAACAUUCAUACGAUCACAUACUCUCUUUCUCUCUCGGUUUUUCUCUCUCUCUCUAUCUCUCUUUAAUUCGUAGUUAUAUAAGAACUAAUUAUUUAAGACGAAAUAAAAUGUCUGUGAAAAAGAAAUAUGGAGAGCUCUGCUGGUUGUGUGUUUGUUGAUAGAGGACGAGAAAAAAAAACAGUCAGCAGAUUGUUCAGAAUGCAUGAUUAUUUAUUGUGGUCGCACUAAAGCCACGACUUACCACUUUUUUUCUCGUUUUUCUUUUUUUUUUUUUAUUUCUACACCCAUGUACAAAGAACAAUGAAAAAAAGUUCAGUAAUUGUUAACGACGUGAAUGAAGAGAAAAAAAAUGUUCACUGAUGCGAUUCACUGAGUACGGUGUUGCCCUUCAAAAGGCAGCUUGCGUUUGUAAAGCAGCAAAGUGCCCGAUGACGAGCCGCAACGUAGCCAGUUCAGGAUCAUUUCCACAAUUCCAGAACACUCCUUGUGACAAUACUGCAAGUAAAUGCAAAUUAUUCCCUGUUAAAUACCCAUGUCACUGUUCAAAUUCCAGAUUCAGACUUAAACACUUUUACAUGCUAUGUAGAAUUGAUUUUUGUCACAUUGUACACAGUAACACCGAGAUGUUGGAAGAAGGAUCAGAAACAAAAAUCAGCUUGGUCCAUGAUGUACAUUCUAGGGAGAUUGUCUUUUGACUGAGUGUUCUUAUGAUUCAAACAGGAACUUUAUAACUGUUCAACUUGUACACCCACAGGAUGCUGAGGUUUAGAGAUUAGCCCAGCUACUUGCAAAGAGGAAACAGGAAGGGGCGGAUAGCUGCAUAAGAUAUCACCUUUGAUAGAUUUAUAGCUAAGCAUAACAAAAGACAUGGAUAUUUCCUUCUUCAUAAAUUCCAGGCUGAAAUAAAUAAAAUGUACAAUGUUCUGUAAUUCUUCCUACGAGUCUCCUGUCAUCAGAUAUUGGAUGAAAUUAUAUUUGGAAGUUUGAUAUGUAUGUUAAGCCUAUAAAAUGGCAUAAAUUAUAGAUAACAUUCUCUAAUUUAAACCUGAAUCUAAAUAUUUCAAAAUAAAUAUUAAAUGAACGCCCUUAAAACAAUAUCUGCAAUAUAAA